AUGUCCCGAUCGCCCUCCGUGGCUUCCUACGCAAAUCACGAUCUAAGCUCCCCCGAUCCUCUAGCAACAUCUAUCAACGAUGAACCCUCACAUGGCAGCACCCUAUCUGCCAAUCGACAAUCCGCACCGAAGCGCCAUUCCAGCACGUCCAUGAAGACCACCAGCAGACCUACCAAAACAAGUGCCUUCACCUGCGACGCGGUUCCGUCCUCUCCAUUCCGAGCCGUUUCAGAACAGAACUUGAGUCCCUGGAAAAUUAGAGUGACUGUAGAGGCAGAGCCGGAAGACGGCGACAUGGAACACAACGCGAUACUAUUCAAGACGCGAUCGCGCACGACCCACAGAUCAGUACAGAACGAGUCCCCUGAGGAUGGACAACCAAAAACCUCUGGAAGAGGGCGAAAGUCUCAGUCAACAAGAAACAAAAGAGGUGAUACGCCACUUCGUGAUCGCAGGAGUUCUGGUCGAAGCAGGAGACAGAGUGUGACAGACUUGGACAUAAUACCUCUAGGAGAUGAUUCGGAAGAGGACGAUUGGUUGAAACAGAAGACGUCGCCACGAAAGAGGAGGAAUUCGCGCAAGAGCGUCUCCGCGGCUGUGUCAACGCAGAAAGCCUCCCCGUCCAAGCCCUCAAGGUCCAAUUCCGAUGCUCCAAGGUUUGAGGUGCGAACAGAUACAGAUGUGGAAGAUCAUGAGACUUCUGUGGACCACGACAAUCCUAUCGCAGAUUCUGAUUCACCUGAACUUCGCAAAAUCGAUCCAAAUCAAGUAUCGUUAAGACCUCGAGCGCUUUCAACCAAGUCAAUUGAAGAGAAUAAUUAUGGAAAUCAAGGCUCGAUCUCAAGUGAAAAGACAAGAGGGACGACAAUGAAGCAGCAGAUGGAAGUUCGGAAGGUAUCCGUUAACAGCGCGCUGAGCUAUCCGACUCCUUCACCUACUUCCUCCUACCACGGGGACUCUGACGAUGCGGGGAAAGCUCUUGAUGUUGAAAAUGCUCCGGGUCUGCAUGACAACGGGGUCUUUGAUACUAUGCUUGAAAGCGAGGGAUUUACUAUGAUCGAUCUCGAUACUUUGCCCUCGGCUAGACGAUACUUGAGUAGCCCUAUUGAUGAGGCAUCAACCACCAGCAUUCACCCCUUGGACACGAAUGAUUCCAAGCCAAGAAUCGAAUCGGAAGGGACAGGAAAUAGCGAUCCUGCAGCUCUGAAUCCUUCCGCUGCGGAUCAGGUUGUCGCUUAUCCUACUAUCAUGCCAGAUGAGACUGAGCUCUCAAGCACGGUCCCAUCUUCGCCGCCAGCGACAGAGAAGAACCAAGCUCUUUUAAAAGUCCCUUCCUCAUCGGGAGUUGUGGGACGAAAGGUAACACCACUCCCAUAUUCAUCACCAAAGCUGCCUUCGCCACCAAGACCCAAUGUCCGAAGGACGCCGCAUCAUCGGCACCGUGCUUCCGCUGGUGCCGUCUUUGCUGGUAUUGCGCUGCAAGACGUAGUGUCCCCAGAUCGUUCGCGCGAUAGGGUAUUGGCAGUCAAGCAGGAAACUUCCUCCAGCAAACCUGGCCUGGAAGAGGAUAGAGCUCUAUUUGUGGGCUUUGAUUGUGGAACCCAACGCGAGCUCAGAGCUGGCCUCCGCUUUGGCGAGGAGCUUGCAAAGAGACUGGCAUCGAGUCCGGCGGAACAAUCGGCAUCUUUCAACGAUAAAAGCUCACAGUCCAGCAAAGUUUUGCAGACGAAGAAGCUGGGAAAUUCUGAGCAGAAUUCACGUACACAGGUCUGGCGAGGCGAAAACAUCGUUCGGCACACUCCGGUCCAGGCGAGUUGCAGCACAGUACCUAGUGGCGAAGGAGCUGUGGUACAUACGCCGCAACACCUCACACAGAAGUAUCCUGAAAGGUCCAUUCUCGACACACAAGGAAGGAGGGAACGGGAAUGGCAGCUGGAGAGAGAAGCCGUGUCCAGGCAGAUCCAAAAUGCUAGCGAGAGCCAAGUCAUUGUGAUUGACAGCGACGGGGAGGAGGAGCAACCCACUCCAAGGGCAGAGAGUCCAGGAGGAUCUCUUAUCGAACCCGAACUCGAAGCAGAUGAUGAGACAGACAUUUGGCUUGCGGAGGCCAAGAAUUCGUCAAGUCCAGGCUCAGCGGUCCCAACCAACACCGAGAGUCUCUUUACCAACACGGAGCAAAUCAGACAACGACAGCGGGCCCAGGAAGUUGUCAGCAGACCUCGGAGAAGUCUGAUACCAAGUCCCUGGAAGAGGGGCGAGGAUGUUGGUGCUCUGCAAGAACAGAGCACGUUCUUGUCUGCUUGUACAGAGGACAUGAGCGGCUUGAUGUUUUAUCGUGAACCUGAGACUAAGAUCCUGUUCGGCGCCGGCGAGAUCAAGAGACAGCAGUUGAGACAUAGAAGAAACAGCGGAAGGUUCGACAUAGAGCUCAUGGCUGGAACUCCGACGGGGAAGGCGUCUGAACACGAAAACCUCGAGAGCACAAAUACGAUUUUGACUGGCGAAGACGAGCUAGAAGGAGACGCCCCGGUCGCGCUGGGUAUGUCCAGUCCUACAUCUGAGUCGGAAUCACCAGCAACGCUUGACAAUCUGGACGUGGCGCUCGACUCGACAGACGAGCUAUCCAAAACAUCGGAGACAUCCUAUUCUUCUCCACCACCUGUUAAGAUUCCUGUCAAUUUCAACGAUUCUUCGAUGUCCAUAUCGACGCCUCCUCCGCGAUCUGAGCCAGCUACAGCACAGCCACUUGAACACGACGAAGCCAGAGAGAGCUCUCCAGUACGGCCGCCAACACCUCGCUCCGCAAUGAAAGGUUCUCGUUACAGCUUCAACCAGGCACUGGGCAUUGCGAGGCUUGACGACACGAACAUGGCCAGAAGAGUUGUCUUUAGCCAGAGGCACUGCGGAGUCGAUGUUGAUGGCCAAGAAAGCAGCUUCAGCAUGCGAUCUGCAACUGACGACUCUUUCGAGGAUUCUGUUGACUUGCAGUUGAAUCGAGAACUGCAAUCUAUGGAAAUCAAUCCGAGACAAUCCGACGACAGUCCGCCCACUUCUUCUGACGGAGCCAUCGAAGCUCGACCGGCCGUGAGCAUUGAAACAAAGGCGAAAGACGAGCCCUCUAUUGCCAAUCCCACCAAGAGUCGGCCUAGUUGGAUCUGGGGAUCAAAUCAAGCGGAGAGCAUCGACUCACAAACUCGUGGCUCGCCCAGUGAUAACCGAAUCCAUGUCUCCGUAAAGCACUCAGUGCCUUCAAGCUCAUCCGUCGACGACAAAGACCGGUCUCAACACUCAGGCUGGGAGAAGACAAAGACCUCGAUUCCUUCACCGACCGACUCUCAUGAGAAGAUCGAACCGAUGGCUCAAACCAUCCCAUCAUACCUCACCCCACCGUCCUAUCCGUCUGACCCUGUCCGCUCCACCAGGAGACCACUUGCCCUGAGCGGCGACUUUUCAAACACCCACUUUCGCACUCUCCACAUCAUCUACCGAAAAUCACUUCGUCCUAAAUUCCACGCUCCCCCUCGCGCGAUGAUACGUCCUGAAGUGCUCGCGCUGAGGGGCACGGAGAUGGUAAUUGACGAAAGCGCCAAUGGACUCGUUAACGGCGAGUUUGUGUGGACUGUGGGUGAUGGUGAGUGUGAGGUCCUUGAGAGGUUUAUGCAGGAAUGCGAAUACAGCCAUGGAUGGUACAAGGGCCGGCAAAUGAGAGCAGAUGCGGCACAGGAAAUCAGAUGGGGGUGGAGCGUGGAGCAGUUAGCGGAACGGCUUUGUCGGAUUGUAGUGGGUGAAGUUGUGAGGGAAGAAGAGAAGAAGGCCAAAGGGCAAUGA